AUGCGGGAAGGUGAUGACGUGCUGCAGAGCAUGAUCAACUUUCGUCUCGAGAUAAAUAGUAAUUGUUUGGAGAAGUCAUGCUUUAGUAUUGACAUGCAUAAGGGUCAAAUGGAAGGUGCUUCGUUUGAGUAUGAGCCGCUAUCGUUGCACAAUCAGGGUGAAGCCUAA